CUGUCACUGUCAUAUGGCAAGCAAAGGCAGCCUGUACUGGUUUAGAGCAGAAUCGUUUUUUACGGAUAGCAACUGUUCACCCGCCGCUGAGCCCUGGGCUUAAUCCUGAGCGGGAAACAGCCUGUCACAAAGAUUUCUCCUCCAGCUUCUUGUUUGUUAAUGGAGUUCCGGCAGGGCAGCGGUGAUUACUGCCACGCACAACAUCGUAACGCUUGAUCACGGGUGGAUAUGCCCGAAAUCUGCCACUGAAUGUACAGAGAAACACUGUCUGUGCUUUUCUUUAGCUGGUCUUCCUGAAUGACCAUUUUGCUCUGUGCCAAAUGGGUUAAUUGGCAUUGCGGCACCUGGCAUUUUGCUACCGGACACUGUUCCACCCAUCUAGUUGCCCGACAGAGUAUCCCUUUAAAGAGGAAGAGGUAGAUUUGUUGGAAGAGGAAGACUCUUGUGGCCUCUAAUUUCCAAAAAAGGCAGCUUUCAAUUUUAUAUACUGACUAGCAGUGAUUUAUCGUAGAGGAUCCUGCAAGUCCUUGAAACCUUCACUGUGAUAGUGAAUCUGCUGUAGCACUGUUGUGGGUCAGAGUAGUGCCAUACUAUUAGUGGAACUCUGUGGAUCCUGGACCGGAGGGAGCGUUCGGUUCUCUGUAGUGUGGAGGGGACACCAGCAUGACCAGGAUGAACCGUCCGGCUCCUGUCGAGGUCUGCUACAAAAAAAUGCGCUUCCUUAUCACGCACAACCCAACCAAUGCAUCAUUAAGCAGCUUCAUUGAGGAUCUGAAGAAGUAUGGGGCAACAACAGUGGUGCGUGUGUGUGAAAUCACCUAUGAUAAGACACCGCUGGAAAAGGAUGGAAUUACUGUCAUGGAUUGGCCUUUCGAUGACGGUGCACCUCCUCCUACUAAGAUCGUGGAUGACUGGCUUAGUCUGCUGAAGAAUAAGUUCUGUGAGGAUCCAGGUUGCUGUGUGGCUGUGCAUUGUGUGGCCGGACUGGGCCGGGCUCCAGUGUUGGUGGCUCUGGCACUUAUAGAGAGCGGAAUGAAAUAUGAGGAUGCCAUUCAAUUGAUUAGACAGAAACGCCGGGGCGCCAUCAACAGCAAGCAGCUGACGUACCUGGAGAAGUACCGCCCCAAACAGAGACUGCGUUUCAAAGACCCACACAACCAGAAAAGCAAGUGCUGCCUCAUGUGAUCCAGUCUCACCGGCCUGCCACUGAAGGAUCCAGUCACUCAUGGACUAAACCGGACUAAAAUUACCAAUCUAGUGCAUUUGAACUUUUGCUACAUUUCAGGAAGGGAAUUCAACCCCCUUUUGGUGUAUAUGUCAGACCCCUCAGGGCUAAGCUCAGGG